ACAUCCGCGUGUUGUUUUAAUUUUAAACUCAAACAAAAUAUCUUUUUUCACACCUCAGUAGUCUCGAGUCGAUGACAGAGAAAUCGCGUCCUAUCGGUGAUAACUCCUUUCGCAGGUUUGUCAGAUUUGUUUUGCGUUGGAGAUUUUUUUUCACUCGCUCUUUUCUUUUCGCUAUACAUACGAGUAUUUGUUGAUUUUUGUGUUAAUUUGUUGACAAAUAUACGCCAUUUCGUAAACGAUGGCGAGUUCGUUUCGCGAAAACUGAAUCGUGUUCGGAGAUUUUUAUAGUUUGAAUAAAUUGUUUUUCUAUAUCCGUUCGCGUCGUCAACCAUCAACCAUCAACCAUCAUCAACCUUUAUGGCUCGACCGAAUGAAAGAAUACGUCAUUGUGUUGAUUUGUUAAUGUGAACGAAUAAAUUUCGAAUCCACAAAUUUCAACGAAAAAUUGCUAUUCUAAUGAAUUAACUCAACAACAAAACACCACCACAAAUCCGCCAAUACCAAAGAAAACAGAAAACAUAAGAUGAAAAUGCAGCAGCACCUUCUGGAUGGAAAUUCAGUUGAAAAUAAUUUCUGCUACAACGAAUCGUACUGGAACAAUGCAGCGUCAUCGAAUACCGUAAUGAAGGAAAUCGAAGCUUGUUUAGAAACAGUAGGAACACACACUAUAACUCCAAAAUCAUCCAACAAACAAAUACAGCAAGAACCAGUAAAUCAAAAUAACGUCGAACAUUCAAAACUGGCAAAUGUGACAGCAACGUUAGAAGCAAAACCACUCUGGGAAGAAUUCUACGAGCUCGGUACCGAAAUGAUAGUCACAAAGGCAGGACGACGCAUGUUCCCAACAUUCCAAAUACGACUAUUUGGCUUAGAUCCAGUCGCCGAUUAUAUGCUGAUGAUGGAUUUCGUUCCAGUAGACGAUAAACGAUAUCGUUACGCGUUUCAUAGUUCCAGUUGGGUAGUGGCUGGUAAAUCGGACCCUAUAUCACCCCCUAGAAUACAUAUCCAUCCAGACUCGCCGGCUAGCGGUUCUCAAUGGAUGAAGCAAGUCGUCUCGUUCGAUAAAUUAAAGCUCACCAAUAACCAAUUGGAUGACAAUGGGCAUAUCAUAUUGAACUCAAUGCACAGGUACCAGCCUCGUUUCCACGUAGUCUACCUGCCUCAUAAGAACGAAUCGUCUUCCGAAUCGAAUAGGCAAAAUUUCAAAACUUUCAUGUUCCCAGAAACAAAAUUUACUGCUGUGACUGCCUAUCAAAAUCACAGAAUAACUCAAUUAAAAAUAGCCAGCAAUCCAUUCGCCAAAGGAUUCCGCGAUUGUGAUUCAGAUGAUUGCAAUUCCUUAGGAGACCUGAUGAACUCUUCGACAUCCAUGCAAUCAGCUCGAGCUGCGGAUACCACGACCUCCUCAUCGUCGACGACCAUCAAAUCAUCGCCAAUACCAUCCAGCAUUUCCAAAGACUCGAUCCACCAGAUGAAACGUUCUUGUCAAAAAUAUUCACCUGAGAAGGACCGAAUCAACAGCAGGCUUUCAGCAGCAGCAUCAUCGAACGCGACACCUACAGAUGAUUCGACGACGUCGCCACCUCAUUCGGUAGAUAAUGAAAAUUCAUCUUCAUCGUCGAUGCCCGAUUCACCACCUCAUCAUAAUAGGUCAACUCCUCUAUACGGAGUGACUGCGGCAGCGGCAGCGCCGUCGUCUUCAUCAUCUUCAUCCCCUUUACAAAUGCCUGCUACUGCUAUGGGUAGUAAUCAUUCGCCUGGGACUGCAGCAACGACAAGUGCAGCUUUACCAUUUGCUCAGCCUUAUCUGGCCGAGAUGUGUAAUUAUGGUCCGAUUUACCAUCCGCAUCACCUGCAUGGACAUCAUGCCUCGUACGGAUCUUAUUUACCGUUUCAAGGGGUACAGAAAUUCAUGAGGAAUUCGAUGACCACCCAAGGAUCUAACGAUUACCAUCAUACCAUAUCUGCCAAUGUUGGAAUGAUUGCAUCAGGAAACUAUCAUCAAACGCCGCCAAAUUUCUGUAAUUCCACCAUCAUGGCGAGGAAUUCGCAUCAGCAUUAUUACGAGUACUCUGGUAGAUGAAUAUCUUCUGCUUCCUUCUCUACAAUUAUCCAUACUAAAAAAUGUGAGAAUUCACAAUUGUCAUUAUUUUAUGACAUUUUCUCCCUCUUAUUAGAAUUCAAAAAUAGGAAUCUGAUGCAUAGGGAAGUACCUCUAUACCAACAUCUACAAAAUGAUACAGAAAAUUUGUUGGAAAAUUUUAUGUAGGUAUUUAUUAAUAGUAAGUAAGCUUUAAUAUAAAAUACCCAUUCUGUCACAUUUUUGUUUAAUGGGUUAUUAUUUGUACGUUUCUGGUCACCGUGUUUUUUCAUUAUUUUAUCAACGUGAUGAAAAAUGUAAUAGUAAUAGGUACCUACCUUACUCUUGGACUUAUAGACUUAUUUAGUUUAGUUUUGUUUUAUUCAUUUUUUUUUUCAAAGUCCAAAAUGUGCCUAGAUUUGUAUGUAUGAUAUGUAUUUACUUAUUAUAACUUUGUCAAUUAAAUAAUGUUCAUGUGUUAAUUUUGUAUAUUCAAUAAAGUAUUUUUGUUUCUA